AUGGAGAGACGAAUGUUGGCUUUGAGAACAAUGAUCAAGAAGCAUCGUCCCAAGAAGGAGACUCUGGACCCUCGACAGUGGAUGAAACAGGAGGCAGUGAGGGGAUUUACUGACUUUGUACUGAACAAGCACACGGAGGAAGAGACAGACAACAGCUUUGACAACAAAGAGAUGUUGCUUGAUGCAGAGAAGCAGUUUAUGGAAGCAGCCAAGAACAAUGACGUGGAGACAAUGAAGACUCUUGGAAAGGGGUUAAAUGCUAAUGCGAGGAAUGUGGAUAAUAGGACUGCCCUUCAUUAUGCAGUAGCUGGCAAAAACACGGAAGCUGUUCAGCUCCUGCUACAGCGCCGGGUCAAAGUAGAUCAAAAAGACAAGUAUGGUGUGGCACCCAUUCAUUUGGCUGCUUGGUUUGGCAGUUUGGAGAUCCUGAAAUUAUUAGUGCGGAGUGGGGCUGAACAGAAGAUUGAGAACGAGGAGGGACAGAACAUCAUGCACUGUGCUGCUAUCAACAACCACACAGAAAUUUUAGAGUACAUUGUUGAUGACCUGCAAAUGAAAGAACUAGACAAAGAUGACGAGUCAGGACAACGGGCAUUUGCAUUGGCAGCAGAGCAUGGCUGCGUUGAAAUGUUAGAGUUGCUGAUGGAACCACAUUACAACAUGGCCACCAUGAAGCCCAACAAGAGAGGGGACACGCCCCUGCACUUAGCUGCCAGGAAGGGCCAUUUGGACGCUGUCCAACUGCUGCUGCAGAGCUUUGAUACUCGGGAUGAAGUCAAUAUGGAUGGUGAGACAGCUCUGUACCAGGCUGCAGACAAUGGUCAAGAAGAAUGUGUCCUGGCGUUACUGGAGGCUGGCUGUAACCCCGACAUCCUAACAACGGCCAAAUGCAGUGCUCUCCAUCCAGUUUCAAAGAGAGGAGACACAUCUCUUGUCCAACUUCUCUUAGAGUACAAAGCCCACAUGGACUUUCAGAACCAGCACCUAGAGACUCCUCUCCACCUGGCAGUGAAGAAGAGUCACGUCCCUGUCAUCCAUGCUCUACUAGAGGCUAAGUGCAACAUUAAUGUCACUGAUAAGAGGUCCCAGACCGCUAUGCAUCUUGCCGCAGAGCUGGCCAAAAUAGAAGUUGUGGAGAUGCUUCUUAAAACCGGGCUAGAUCUGACAAUCCAGGAUAGGCAGGGUAAGACAGCUCUGGGUGUGGCAGCCAGAGCGGACGAGGUGAUCAUCGUGGACAUGAUCAUCAAAGCAGAGAGAUACUACGCAUGGAAGAAGGCCAACACUGAGCUUAAUGAGAGUGUUCACAGCCAGUAUCCGCUAACAUUCAAACUCGACCACCGCUGUGAGACCAAGGAGCUCCGUUCCAUGGCCUGGCGCCUGGCGUACGACCUUCUGAAACCAGGAGACUGGAAACGACUGGCAGAAAACUGGAACUUCACUAAGGCGCAGGUGUCUGCCAUCGAGGAGCAGUGGACAGGUCAGCACAGCUAUCAAGAGCAUGGGAACAGGAUGCUGCUGAUCUGGCUCCAUGGGGAGGGUUUGGCUCAGAAAAGCCCUGCUAAAGAACUCUACCAGGGCCUGAUCCUAACAGGCAACAGGAAAGCAGCAGAUAAGAUCCGGAUGGAAGCAGAGAGUACCAGCAGUAAGAGCUGCAGCAUUUUAUGACGGUGAUUUUAACAUAUGGAC